AAGUCAAAGUCAAGCCAACGAAAAGUGAAUGCGUCGUAUAUCGUCGUUUGUUACUUUAUUAAAAUAGGUUUUCGCUACCAAUAAAUUGUGAGAAUGAAAUAUAAAAAAGCGUUUUUCGAUUAAUAUAACUACACGAAAGAAAGCGAAUUUAUGCAUUACAAAUUUUUUCUAUUUGUUCAAUGUACGUCGCAUAUCUCAAUAACGGUUGGAAUAUUGAAUACACAACGAAUUACCAAAUAACGCAUUUCCCAGCCAAUCUUGUGACUUUGACGUAAAAUCGAAUAACAUAAAAAAGUGUUAUAAAUAACCCCCACUAAGACGCAUAAUUUGUUGAUUUAGGUUACAUCGAAUAUAGGUGCUCUGGAAAAGUGAUUUUUUUUGGAUUGAGAGGUUCCAGGUAAACAGAGUGGCACAGCUUCAUUCCUUGAUGCACAUGUAAACCAUUGUAAAACUAGAUACACACAUACAAAAGAAAAUAUGCAUUCACUUAGCUGGACGUCGAGAGUUAUUUCGCGUGCCUUGCGCAAUGGAUUCUCCACGCUGAUGGAGUCUGCCAAUGUCACGGCGGCUGGAGCAAACAAAUCUCGACCUCAUUUUGUAUCGGUAGUAUGUGGAUUUCCUAAAGAUUUUCUUACAUCCAAAUAUAAACCUGGGAAAUAUGGAGAAGAUUCUUGGUUUAAGACUUCGACUUUAAACUCUGAUGUGCUGGGUGUUGCUGAUGGUGUUGGUGGCUGGCGAAGCUACGGCAUAGAUCCCGGUGAAUUUUCGUCAUUUCUUAUGAAGACGUGCGAACGACUUGUCCACUGUGUAAACUUUAACCCGCAAAGGCCUGUAAAUCUACUAGCAUAUAGUUAUUGCGAGUUACUGGAACAAAAGAAGCCAAUCCUUGGCAGCAGCACUGCAUGCGUACUAGUGUUAAAUCGGGAAAAUAGUACUGUUUAUACAGCUAAUAUUGGAGAUAGUGGUUUCAUGGUUGUUCGAAAAGGUGAAAUUAUACACAAGUCUGAGGAACAACAACACUACUUUAAUACACCUUUUCAAUUGUCAUUGCCACCACCGGGUCAUGAUCACAACGUAUUAAGCGACAGCCCAGAUUCAGCAGACACUUUAAGUUUCCCGGUGAAGGAAGGUGAUGUUAUAUUAGUGGCAACAGACGGAGUAUUUGAUAAUGUUCCCGAGACGUUACUGCUGGAUGUGUUAAAAGAGGUGGAAGGGGUAACAGAUCCUGUCAAACUACAAAUGACUGCCAACUCGCUGGCGCUGAUGGCCCGAUCUUUGUCCUUCGACAGUGAAUUUAUGUCGCCGUUUGCAAUUAAUGCCAGAAGAAAUAAUAUUAACGCAACCGGUGGCAAACCAGACGAUAUAACUGUGUUACUCGCAACUGUAGCAAUGUAAUUAAUUAUCUAAUUUUAUUAAAUUCGUUUAAGUUGAUAAGUUUAUUCAUGUUUUGAAAUAAUACCUGAACAAGUAACUUCUACGUGCAGCAUGUGACAAACCCCAUUUGCUUAAACGGCUCCACUUUUCAUUAUGAAUUAGAUUAAGUUUAGUUAAAUCUUAAACCCAAUUGUUUUUGUAAUAUUAGUCACAAGAAGGAUCACAUUCAUAGCAGUUCCAUUGUAAUCAUUAUUUCAUGUUCCCCAUUUCAUAUGAUUUUUUUUUUCACUAUACUUAAUUUUCAAAUUUUUGUUAGAGCAAUUCCUCAGGUCUUCGAUUAAGUCGGAUUGUUAAUUAUAAUCUUUUGUCAUUUUAUUUGAAUUAUACUCGUGAGACCCUUCCAAUGGUUAUUAUUGAAAUAGUGCUACAUUAUUUAUAUAAAUAUACGUAUGUGCGUUCUACUGAAUAAUUAUAAACAAAUGGGCAUUUGAUAAUGCCAAUAGCAAUAAAAAAGUAACAAAAAUAAA